AUGUAUCUUGUACCACAGCCACUGUUCCGCCGAUUGGUUCCAACGAUGCCGUACUAUGCGGUUGCCAAAGGACGCCAGGUGGGCAUAUUCUCAACUUGGCCAGAAUGCCAAGCUCAGGUAAAUGGGUUUACCGGUGCACGGUUCAAGAAGUUCCCGACACAAGCAGAAGCACAAUCCUUCAUUACGGCUCAUUCCGGUAGUGGACCCGGCCUUCUCACAGCAAACAAACAGCCGGCAACGAAUUGGAAAGGGAAACGGAGUACUUCUACGAGUUCGACAGCCACCUUUCCACCGGCAACGAAGCAAGCGAAGAAGACCAUUUUGCUCGAUGAGACUCCGGCUCCAAUUAGCAAAAUGGUCAAGUACGGAGAGUACAGCUUUCUGCAGGAUGAUGCCGGAUAUGUGCACGUGUACACGGAUGGUUCGUGCGAGGGAAAUGGGACGGCCCGAGCGGUUGCCGGGCUUGGUGUUUACUUUGCCGAAGGUCAUGCUUUAAACACAUCCAAACCGGUGAGUGGCCGAGCGACAAACAACUGCGGUGAAAUACAGGCAGCUUCACUAGCGAUCCGGCUCGCCCGACAGCAAGGCAUCCGGCGGUUGGUCAUUAACACCGACUCACAGUUUUUAAUCAACUCCAUCACGAAAUGGUUGCCGGGCUGGAAGCGGCGCAACUGGACACUGUCUAGCGGUGGGCCGGUAAAAAACAAGACUGACUUUGUGGAGCUCGAGCAGGAGCUUAGUGCAGGUGAUAUCGAAAUCAAAUGGAACCAUGUGGAUGCACACUGCGGAAUCCUGGGGAACGAGCGUGCGGAUCAGCUAGCUCGCAAAGGUUCGGAAAUGUAUCGGAUGCAGCAGCGAUAG